AUGACCAUACUGUACAAUGCAUUUAGUGGGUACUUUGACAGAAUUGUGCCAAAAAAUGGUUGCAAUUGUCUCCAUGUUCACCCAUAUGUUGAAUCGUCAUCAAAUGAACUUAUGCAAGUAAAGAACAGUACAGUGUCAUCAGAAACACGUCAUUGGCCACUUGUGACGUUUAUGGAAGAGAAACCCAGAGAUAAUAUGUUUAGUGAUGAUGUUCGUCAGGGAGUUGGAGUAAUUCCAAUGUACUCCGAGGUUCUUCUAAUCAUGGAAAGAGAGGAUAUGAAGGAUUAUCUGAUAGAUGAAAUGUCUGAUUAUGCUUAUUCUCUUUUUCGCUGCAUAAGCAAAGAAAUGUUUGGAAACGAAAAGCAAUUUCAAAUGAUCAUGAUGAAAAUAGUCAGAGAAAUCAAGGAAAAUCCAUUAGUUUAUGGCCAUCUGCUGAUGAAUGAAAAGAAAAACUCUGAUUCAGAAUUUUUAGAAAAUUUUAGAUAUCGGAAGCACCGUACUUUUGAUUUUCUCCGAUUUCACGAAACACUAGUCAAAGAAAGUGCAGAAUUUUUUGCUGAUCGUAUCGAAGAUGGGAUGAAUUUGGGUGAUUUAGAACUUUUUGCAGUAGCAACUCAUUUUCAAGUUGCAAUUUAUGUACUCUCUACUGAAAUCAAUGAACAAAGAUUGGAAACCAAAUGGAUGCGUUUUUCUCAGAUAAACAGGAAAAAACUGCCUACUGAUUUUGCUCGAAGACGUCAAUAUCUUGCAGGAGAAAAUUCAGUCCACAAAUGCGUUUCCGAUGAAUCAAGAAGAUCUAAGUAUUAUAUAACUCUCUAUCGAACUUUUUCGGGACAAUAUCAUAGAAUUGUACCAAAGGAUCAACUGUGCAACUGUUUGAAAGAUCCACCACUGACUGUUUCGGUAGAACAUAAUCAUGAAGAAAAGUCAGAUUUUAUGAUUUACUCUGACAUGAACAACGUUAAGAGCAAACUGACUAUAGCAAAACUGCGUCUUGACAACUGGUUGAGAUGCAACGUGGCACUUGAAAUAUUUUGCAACAAUAUCAUUGAUACAUUAGAGGGUCGAAGGCAAAACGCUAACAUUUCAAGUAUCGUGGGUUCCUCUGUUGGAAUUGCGGGAUCAUCUUUGGCAAUUGCUGGAUUAGUAACAGCGCCAUUCACUGCAGGAGUUUCCCUUGGUUUAGCAGUUGCAGCAGGCGUCAUUGGAACACUUGGCAGUUUAACAGUAAUAGGAACCAAAAUCACCGAGUUCGUUUUAUCUAGAAAGGCAAUAUCUAGGCUGGAAUGCUAUCAGAUGAAUUUGCGUGAGAAUUCUCGAUGUAUGGAAAAGUCUUUCAGAGAACUUCAAGACGAGCUGGACAAAUUUACUACGGAAGAUGCAGACAGCGUAGCUCCAACAGUAGUUCAAGCAGCAACUGGAGCACUGCGCAUGCUUGGUGGGUUUCCUAUUAUCAUAGCCCGCGUGAUUUUACGAGCAGUAACUAUAGCCGAUGCAAUUUUGCCUCCGUUGUCAAUUAUGGUUGAUGUAGGCGUUCUUGCAUAUUCCAUUCAUAAUCUGAGAAAAGGAUCAAAGACGAAAGUCACUGAACGCUUACGCAAAGUUCGAUCCGUUCUAAGAACAACAAGAGUUCAGAUGUUUACAUGGGGAUAUGGCAAUCAGAAAAACCACUUGGAAACUUUGGAAUACCUGAGUUUAAAGAAAACGACGUCUUAA